AUGUCGAAGCUAUUUAGACUACGGGCGAGACCUCUCACAUGGGGAAGCAGCUUCACAGCGCGCCAAUUCAGCACAACAAGGCCUGCGUUGGCGGUGCGGGGAGGAUCGAAGCUCUUUAAAGAUGCGGACGCUGCGGUCGCGGAUAUCAAGAGUGGUUCAACACUGUUGAGUUCGGGCUUUGGGCUCUGUGGUGUCGCGGAUACAUUGAUUGGCGCACUGAACAGAAGAGGUCGCGAUUCUCUCCAUUCGCUUACUGCUGUGUCGAACAAUGCUGGCGUUGAAGGCAAAGGCGGUUUGGCAACGCUCACAAGCGCUGGUCAAGUCGAUCGCCUGAUCCUAUCAUAUCUUGGGAACAACAAGGUGUUGGAGAAGAAGUACCUGACGGGCGAAUUGGCCAUUGAGCUUUGUCCCCAGGGAACUCUAGCGGAGCGCAUUCGUGCUGCUGGCGCUGGCAUUCCUGCGUUCUUCACACCAACUGCAGCUCAUACUCUUUUGCAGGAUGGAGAAAUCCCCGUGCGACUGGACAAGUCGGGCGCUGUUGUGGAAAAGGGUCGAAAGCGAGAAACACGCGAGUUCAACGGCCGAACGUUCCUCAUGGAGACAGCGAUUGAAGGCGAUGUCGCUAUCAUUCGAGCUUGGAAGGCCGACAAGGAAGGAAACUGUGUGUUCCGAUACGCAACAAAAGCAUUUGGACCCAUCAUGGCCAAGGCCGCGAAACUCACAAUCGUCGAAGCCGAAAACAUCGUCGAAGUUGGCGCAAUCGACCCCAACGGUGUUGACCUCCCCGGAAUCUUUGUCGACCGAAUCGUCCCAUCGACCGCCGAGAAGAAUAUUGAGGUUCUCAAGUUGAGAGAGGAGGGAUCUGAUGGACCACCCAAGGCUACGAAUGAAGCGCAAGAACGACGAAACCGUAUCGCUAGACGGGCAUCCAAGGAAUUGAAGCCUGGUUACUAUGUCAACUUGGGUGUUGGUAUUCCUACGCUGGCUGUUUCUUUCCUCCCUGCCGAUUCGACGGUGCAUAUCCAGUCUGAGAACGGUAUUCUUGGAAUGGGUGCUUAUCCUACAAAGGAUGAAGUAGAUCCUGAUAUCAUCAACGCUGGUAAAGAAACAGUCACCCUAGUCCCAGGCGCAUCCGUCUUUGACUCCGCCGAGUCAUUCGGCAUGAUCCGCGGCGGUCACGUCGACGUCUCAAUCCUCGGCGCCCUUCAAGUCAGUGCCGUCGGCGAUUUAGCCAACUACAUGAUCCCCGGCAAAGUCUUCAAAGGCAUGGGCGGCGCAAUGGAUCUCGUCGCCAACCCCGACAACACCAAGAUCGUCGUCGCCACCGAACACUGUGCCAAGGACGGCUCAUCAAAGAUCAAGCAGCAGUGCACACUACCACUAACAGGCGCACGUGUGGUAAGCACCAUCAUCACGGAUCUGUGUGUGUUUGAGGUAGAUCGCGAGCAGGGUACUCUUACGCUUACAGAGCUUGCGCCGGGGGUCAGUGUGGAUGAGGUUAGGAGUAAGACGGAUGCGGACUUUUCGGUGGUGGAUGAUUUGAAGCAGAUGGAGUGA